UAAGCACAGGGCAAGGUACCAUAUGCAUGGUUUUGUAGUGAAGCAGAAAGAUGGAGUAUUCUUUCAGAAUCCAACUGGUGGCCAUAGUGUCAUUGAUGCUUGUGUUUCCAAACACACAAGGAUGGGGAGAAGAUGGGCACACCAUAGUUUGCAGUAUUGCUCAGGCUCGUCUCAGCAAUACAGCUGCAGAGAAAGUCAAAGAGUUGCUGCCACCAGGAAAUGACUUGGCCAGCAUGUGUUCAUGGGCUGAUCAUGUCAAGUUCUAUUUGCCCUGGUCCUCUGCUUUACACUAUAUUGACACCCCUGACAAUCUUUGCACUUACCAGUAUGAAAGGGAUUGCAAGGAUCAGAAUGGAGAGAAGGGAAGAUGUGUUGCAGGAGCAAUUAACAAUUACACCACCCAGCUCCUCAACCAUGGCACAGACAAUUCAUAUAACCUGACACAAGCCCUGAUGUUCCUUGCUCAUUUUAUGGGAGAUAUCCAUCAGCCUCUACAUGUGGGUUUCACCUCAGACAGGGGAGGCAAUUCAAUUAAUGUUCACUGGUAUACAAGAAAACAAAAUCUUCACCAUUGUUGGGACGCGAACAUAAUUGAGACAGCAGAAGAAAGAUUCUAUGACUCGAACAUAGAUGAAUUCAUUGAUGCCAUUCAACAGAAUAUUACGAAAACAUGGUCCAGUCAAGUAGAAGGAUGGGAAACCUGCAAUUCUAAUGAGACCACAUGCCCAGAUAUAUAUGCAUCUGAAGAUAUAAAGGCAGCAUGUCAAUGGGCAUAUAAAGGUGUCAGUGAUGGUUCAGUACUAGAAGAUGAUUACUUCCUCUCACGUUUGCCAAUUGUCAAUUUGCGAUUAGCUCAAGGAGGAGUUCGAUUGGCAGCAACUCUCAAUCGUAUUUUUGGCUGAUGUCAAAUGUUAUGUUUAUGUUUAAUGAAAAAUGAAAUAAAAGUCCAGCAUUAGCAUUA